AUGCUCUGCGGCGUCGCGCUCGGGUCGUGGGAGUUCUCGGCUGCUUUCUGUGUGGGACGCAGUCGUGGCUGUGAGGUCAGUAUCGUCACGUCGGAAGAUACGCGCACUGUCAGCAAACGCCACGUGGGCUUUGUCCCGCUCAUGGAGACGCUCACGACGGCUGCUGGCUCUGGCUCUGGCAAGCGCCGCUGGGUUGUCCACGAUCUGGAGACGCUGAAUGGAACUGCAGUGAAUGGAGAGGAGGUGCCCACAGGUGGCAGUCGAGAGCUUCGAGAUAGGGAUGAAGUGGUGCUGGCCUCGACCAUGCGGCAGUGCGUGCGGCUUCAGGUUCAGUUCCGGGACGAGGCGUGUUCGCGCAUUAUCGUCAAAGCACUUGUGUGCUCGUCCACGCUGUCUCCUGCACCAUUACAUCGUCGUCUGGUGACUCCAGGGACAGUCGCGCGACGCUUGCCACGACGAGACGUUGUGGCAGCAGCAUCAGGAGCUGGAACAGGAUUGGACCGAUCAGUAGUUACGAGUGCUGGUAGUCCAGCUGUCGUGAGGACGGGCUGUCGAUCGGGAGGACUUUUAGCAGGGACAGUGCGAAGUGAUGCGAACUUGAUGACACCGCCACCGCAGAGUCUUUCGCAAAAGCGGACUCGUACUAGUCCACGACAUGGAGCUGGCGAGACCAAGAGUGUGGAUAAGAGCGACAAGCGACGGAGUAGAUCGCAAAGUCAGCAGAGGAAGCGCUCCCGACGAGGUGGCGUGACUGACGAAGAAGACGAAGCAGCAUUGGAAGGAGUUGCAGGAAUGGAGAAAGAUGUUGUUUCUGCUGCUAAAAGAGCUCAAGAGCAUGAGAAAGAAGAGAGAGAGCGGCUGAUGAUGUGUUCGGUGUGUCUGGAAUACUAUCACGGUAGUGCUACGCUACCGUGCUCGCACACAUUCUGCGGAUACUGCAUCAGCAAGUGGUUCCGCCACUCGCUGUCCUGCCCCGAGUGCCGAAAUGUUGUGAAGACAGUUCCUGUGCGUAACCGCGCACUGGACGAGCUCGUGGAGCGACUAGUAGGCCACACGGAGGCGUACAAGUCCCAUGUGCGCCGUCGCGCACGGAAGCAGCGACGACUUGUUGAAUCGCGCCAGUACGAUGGUGGAGGCAGUGACGACAAUGAGGAUGCAGCUGAAGGCGCUGUUCGUGGCGUGGGUUGUCUACAGCUAGGCGGGACCCGCACCGGGGAGCCCAGGUUGCGCGCCAGCAUUUUCACUCGUUGGUCGGCCGAUGAGAGACGCGCGUUCGCCGCUUACAUCAGCAAUCUAUUCGGUGAGGCUCGUCUCGCUACUUGCAAGAAGGUAGGACUCACGCCGCUCGCAGUCGACACGUCCAACACGAACCAGCUGAUCACAGCCGCGCAGAACCUGCUGCUGGACUGCGGGAACUUCCUCAUGACCAGCAACGGGUGCUGUCAACGCCUCCAAAUCUUCCUGCUCUUUGGAUGA